AUGGCUGGGGUCUGGAAAGAAGAUGGAUCCUACGAGUAUGCCCCUGGCGAGCGUGCAAGGCUGAAAGGCAAAGAGAAAGGAAAGGACAAGGGCAAAGGCAAAGACAAGGGAAAAGGAGAGAAAGGGAAAGGGAAAGGCAAGGAGAAGGGGAAGGACUCCAUGACUGCGGCAGAGCGCCUCGCCUUCGCACAGGGCGCGUUGUCUGCAGACGGUCCCGCAGCCAAGAAAGCCCGUGUUGGGGAGCCUGGGGCCGGAGCAGAAGAAGAAGAGGAGGAGCUUCCCGAGUUCGACUUCGAAAAGGACUGGAAAGAUAAAUCCGUCGCACUCCUGAACCUCAAGGGAGCAAAGGAUCUCAACGGUCUCAUGGGAGUGGUCAAAGAGUACAACGAAGAAACAAAGCGAUUUCUGGUUUGUGUGGAGGGUGGCAAAGGCGAGAAGAGCAUCAAGAUGGAGAACAUCUUCAAGGUGAUGACUGGAUGCAUCGUGAAGCUCCGCGGCCUAGAUUCCAUAGAGCUGAACGAAGCCAUCGGAGAAUGCGGGCGGCUUGAUGUAGAGAACCUGAGAUACGACAUCACACUGUCUGACGGACGUCAUGUCAAAGCGAAACCUGCAAAUGUCGAGCUGGUGGCCAAAUACGAAUCUUCUAAGGUGGCCGGUGAUUCAUCCCAGAUGGACCGCAUCCGAGCAGCCAAUGGCCUCCGGGAUCGGCUCACUGCCGUGGAGGAGUUCGACUUUCCCGCUCCGAUGGUGCUUCCGGCCAGCGCGCUGGAGGACUACGCUCAGAAGUUUCCAAAGUCGGUCGUGAUCGGAAAGUCCAAUGCUGCAAAUCCCAAAGGUGCCCAGGUGCUCGCGCGGGAGGUGGUGAGUGCGACGAAAGUGCCGCCGGGGGCACGUCUGGUCUUCAUCUCGGUCCCUCGAGAUAGGUGCGUGGCACCCACCUUGGCUGACAUGCGCCAUGACGAGUUGCUGCGACUAGGAAAGUUUGGAAGCUGGCUCAUCAAGCGUUUGUCUCCCAGACCGGUAUUCUUCCUGAUCCCCGGGGCUAUCGCCAAGGGCCCCCCGGCAGCAUUGAAUGCAGCCACUUGCGCCUGGCCUCUGUAUGUGGAGCUGUGCACGGACAUGGUGCUGCUCGCUUCAGAGCGGUGGCAAAAAUCACCUUGGGCCCGCAUGGAUGCCCUCAUGGCCGUGUGGGCCAAGACUCCGAUGUAUUUGCUGCCGGAGAAGUACCAGCCAGCAGUAGCUCUCCCAGAUGCAUCAAGUGCAGCUCCAGCGGCUCCGGAGGAGGAUGCGAAGGCCAGCGCAUCCACGGAGCCGCUGAGUUUCAGCAUGGAGGACUUUGAGGGCGUCCUAGGAGGGGACUCUCAGCUUUUGAUUCUGGGUCAGGUGGAGUGCGAAGAUGUGGCGAAGCCUUUCUCCCUGGCAGGGCGGAAGGAACAGGCGGCGCAAAGGUUCAAAAGCCGACGCUGGCUGUCAAGCGGCUGGGAUAUUUUGGGCAUUCUGACACUGGCGGCAUGGAACUUCUACCUCACAGCGGUUGGCUUCUUUGAGCUCUGGUUUCCGGGCCACCAGUGGGCCUUCGUCGCGUCCAUGACGUAUCAGGCAAUGAACGUACUGGGGACCACCACUAUGGUGAAAGUUGGCCAGAAGAUUCCCUUCAAGCCUGCAUACGUUAUGGCGCUUGUGCUCCAACUGCUGAUGAUUCUAGCCAUGCCAAUGCUGGCAUUUUGGAGUCCCGAAGAAGCUAACGAUGAUGUUGUGACUCCCUCGACUUGGGGCUUUGCUGCUGCACUGGCUUGCUGCGCAGUCUUGGGGUUGGCGGAGUCCUGCUUUACAUCUCUGAUCUGUGGGCUUGCGGGGUCCACGGGAGACCCGAAACUUAUGGGCGCCAUCAUGACCGGGCAAGGCAUUGUCGGGGUAGUUCCCCCCAUAUUGAUGCUGUCGCUGAAGUUCUUAUCUGGAGAUCCCAUGAAAUGGAAAUACGAGGUCGUGUUCUGCUUCUUUGGCACCUGUGCCGCAUUGCAAGCCCUUGGCGUGUUCCUCGUGCGCUACGUGCCAACCUUCCACCAGGAGAACAGACACGCAGACGCCACGAUGGUGGAAGUGGUAAGCAUCGGCUCUUUCACCACUUCCGAGCCAGCAGACCCUGCUCGGCAACUUAUCUCCGGAGAGCGCUCGUUCGGCCCCAUCCUCAAGGAUGUACUGCCUCAGCUCGUGAACGUGACGAUGAUUUUCGUGGUGACCUUUGUGGUGUUCCCCGGUGUGGCCGCAAGCUGGUCUCCACAGCUGGAGUUUUUCGUCAGCAAAGGUGCUUUGGGUAAGGAUUGGUAUACAACCCUUGUGGUUGGAAUAUUUCAGAUAUUUGAUGUGGUCGGACGGUCGACGCCAAAGGUGCUCGAGAAGAUCGGAGUUUCCCCGAAGAGGCUCGGCAUUCCGGUGUGGAUGCGUUUGGCCUUCAUUCCAGUGCCUUGGCAUCGCUUUUAUGCUGCUGCAGCGAAGACCGAACUCAAUCGCAGCUCCCUGGCAGGCGUCCGUGCUCACUACUCGUCAGCAGCAGUGAGCACUGCCAUUGCAGACAUUGUGGGUAGUGAGAUCACUGGCCAGGAUCUGUUGGCCUUUGCAGUCAUGGCACUGUUUGCUUUGACCAAUGGCUGGUGUAGCACUCUGGCGAUGAUCUACGGGCCGCAGCAGGUGACGCACCCCGCCGAGCAGCAUAGGGCUGGUGUUAUCAUGGAGCUGGGGCUUAUUCUGGGCAUCUUUGCAGGCAGCGUCCUGGCUUUGCUCACACAGCUCGGUCUUCACUGCGUCUCCGUCGGCCUCUGUGACAGCGGAGGUUCAAAAGCCGACGCUGGCUGUCAAGCGGCUGGGAUGACUGCGGGUAGAGAGAAAGCCCUCGCGUUGCGUGCAGCCCAAGACAUGGCCAUGCUAUGA